UUUCGGCACAGACCUUACGCGAGGCAACCUGAGCGCAGCACAUCUCUUUUUUUUUUAUUUGCAAACAUACAGCGGAAUUCGUUUUGCCUUUUUUCUGCUCCAUCCCAUCCUGUAGAGACAGUAAGGAAGAGCUUCGGACAGGUAGCAGAUCGACCUUCCUUUAUCGAACAACUGAAGGAAACAAUAUAAAUGGAUGACAUUGAGAGGAGCGAAAAAAGGCUUAGAUUCUGUCUGUGUGCAGCAUCCUUAAUAGGUAAAGAGAAAAGGAGCACCAGCGAUGCUGGAAAGACACAACAGUGAAUUGAGGAUUUCAGAUGGUUGAGAUUCAGAUCUAUUGCAUACACUGGAAAGCACAUCUUUUAAACUGAGCAUGUGUGAUGUAACUUUUGAGUGCCUAUGCCUAUUUUUGGAGGUUUUGCCUGAAAAAGAAGACAAAUGAAGAAGACAAGAACAGAAACUGCAAGCCAAAUCUCUAGAAUAUAACGGCAAGAAUAUGAAGAUUAGGAUUUGAAGUUUACCACUAAGAAUACUGAGUACUGUUGGCAUUUUAAUUGAUUUAAUAAGGUGGAAAGAGAGAGAGAGACACACACACACACACAUACACUGUCCUAGGAAGCUCAUUCAAUGGAUAUGUAGAAAUGAAGUCCUGGGAAUACCUAUAGAAAUAAAAGGGUGUUGGUCUAUUGAUUCUUUUAUGGGAGGGAAUCUCAUUCAAAAAGGAACUAUGGGCUUCUCACAAAAAAUUAUAAAUCAUCACAAGUAAGUUCUUGAAACUUAAGGGAGGGGGUUGAAGAAGAAUAUUUUCGUAAACAAUUUGAAAUAAAGCACCUCAGUGUGAACUGGGUACUGCACAUCUAUUUGCAAAAAUAAUACGUGGGCAUCUUAAUUGCAUUUCUUCUGAUUCCUGCAGUUUUUGUGCCUCUUUUCUUUGGCUUGACAACAUGGCUGUUGACCUUAAGCAAGGAAGUUAUUUGCUGUGGAUGGCCUUACUACUUGGCUGCUUAUUAGACAUUGGUACAAGUUUAGAGUUCUCAGGAGAUGAAGGCCAAUGGACGAGAUUCCCUAAAUGGAAUGCAUGUUGCGAGAGUGAAAUGAGCUUUAAGAUGAAGACCAAAAAUUCCAAUGGGCUGCUGUUGUAUAUUGAUGACGAGGGGUUUUGUGAUUUCUUAGAACUGGUCAUCUAUGAGGGAAAACUUCGUCUUAGGCUUUCAAUAUUCUGUUCUGAGCAUGUAGUUCUGCAUACAGACACCAGAGUAGAUGAUGGUGCAUGGCACCAUGUAAUAGUUAGGAGAAACUUCAAGAACACGUCACUGGUGGUAGAUGAUGAAACCAAAUGGGUGGAGGCGAAGUCACAAAGAAGAGACAUGACUGUGCUCAGUAGUUUGUUUAUAGGAGGCAUUCCACCAGAGUUACAUUUAGCCCCGCUGAAACUGACUUUGCCAACUGUGAAAGAUCAACGUCCUUUUCAUGGGCAGAUCAUUGAUAUUGUUGUGGCUAAUGAGGAAUCUGCACCUGAUGACAGUAACCUUGUCACUAGUGGUGAGACAACACCAAGCGUUUGUGCAAAGGAGGACAUCUGCCAGCAUGGUGGGAUCUGCUCUGUAAUUGAUGAUGAACCAGUCUGUGACUGCACCAUGACUGGGUUCCAGGGGAAAGACUGCAGUGAAGAAGACAACUAUGUUGAAGGUCUGGCACACCUGAUGAUGGGCGACCAAGGUAAAAGCAAAGGAAAGGAAGAAUACAUUGCAACGUUCAAAGGGUCAGAGUUCUUCUGCUAUGACUUAUCUCAACAACCCAUUCAGAGCAGCAGUGAUGAAAUCACGUUAUCAUUUAAAACUCUUCAGAGGAACGGUCUCAUGCUUCAUACAGGAAAAUCAGCAGAUUAUGUCAACCUAGCUCUAAAAAAUGGAGCUGUCUCACUGGUCAUUAAUUUGGGGUCCGGGGCCUUUGAGGCACUGGUGGAACCUGUGAAUGGGAAGUUUAAUGACAAUGCCUGGCAUGAUGUGAAAGUAACCAGGAAUCUGCGUCAGCACUCAGGCAUUGGACACGCUAUGGUGACUAUAUCUGUGGAUGGAAUUCUAACGACAACAGGCUACACGCAAGAAGAUUAUACCAUGCUAGGCUCUGAUGAUUUUUUCUAUGUUGGUGGUAGCCCUAGCACCGCGGACCUUCCAGGGUCACCUGUCAGCAACAACUUUAUGGGCUGCCUCAAAGAGGUUAUCUACAAAAAUAAUGAUGUCCGACUUGAAUUAUCCAAACUUGCCAAACUAGGAGAUCCCAAAAUGAAGAUCCAUGGUAUUGUUGCAUUUAAAUGUGAAAACGUUGCAACACUGGAUCCAAUCACGUUUGAAACCCCAGAGUCGUUUAUUGCCUUGCCAAGAUGGACUGCCAAGAAAACUGGAUCAAUAUCAUUCGACUUCCGCACUACUGAGCCAAACGGGUUAAUUCUGUUUAGUCAUGGAAAACCAAGACAACAAAAAGAUGCCAAAAAUCCGCAGGUUGUAAAAGUAGACUUUUUUGCCAUAGAGAUGCUAGAUGGCCAUCUUUAUCUCUUGUUGGAAAUGGGAUCAGGCACCAUUAAAAUCAAAGCGCUUCCAAAGAAGGUCAAUGAUGGGGAAUGGUACCAUGUCGACUUUCAAAGGGACGGCAGAUCAGGUACCAUUUCAGUUAACACAAUGCGCACACCUUAUGUUGCAUCAGGUGAGAAUGAGAUUUUGGACCUUGAUGAUGAUCUGUACCUCGGUGGCUUACCAGAAAACAAAGAAGGCCUUGUAUUCCCUACAGAAGUGUGGACAGCUCUUCUAAACUAUGGCUUUGUUGGCUGCAUCAGGGACCUGUUCAUUGAUGGCCAAAGUAAAGAUAUUCGGCAGAUGGCUGAAAUACAAAAUGCAGCAGGUGUGAAACCUUCCUGUUCAAAAGACGAUGCAAAGCAAUGCAUCAACAAUCCAUGCAGAAACAACGGAAUAUGCAGAAAUGGCUGGAACCGAUACAUCUGUGAUUGUUCGGGUACAGGAUACUUGGGGCGUUCCUGUGAGAGAGAGGCAACCAUUUUGAGCUAUGAUGGAACCAUGUUUAUGAAGGUACAGAUGCCCAUCGUAAUGCACACAGAAGCCGAAGAUGUCUCCUUACGCUUUAGAUCUCAUCGGGCCUAUGGUGUUCUAAUGUCUACAACAUCUAGAGAUUCUGCUGACACACUCCGUCUAGAAAUGGAUGCAGGGAGAGUGAAACUUACGGUUAAUCUAGACUGUAUCAGGAUUAACUGUAAUACCAGCAAAGGUCCCGAAUCUAUUUUUGCUGGCCAUAAUCUGAAUGACAAUGAAUGGCACACAGUACGUGUUUUUCGGCGUGGAAAGAUGAUAAAACUAAUUGUUGAUGAGCUUCAGCCUGUAACAGGUCAAAUGUCAGGUGAUCAUACAAGACUUGAAUUUCACAACAUCGAAACUGGAAUCAUUACAGAACGGCGAUAUCUUUCAGCUGUUCCAUCGAAUUUUAUUGGCCACCUACAGAGUCUGACUUUUAACGGCAUGCCAUAUAUCGACUUGUGUAAGAAUGGGGAUAUUGAGUACUGUGAGCUGAAUGCCCGAUUUGGCUACACGAACAUAAUUGCAGAUCCAGUUACAUUUAAGACAAAAGCAAGCUAUGUUACUCUGACCACACUACAAGCUUACAUUUCUAUGCAUCUGUUUUUCCAGUUGAAAACAACAUCCACAGAUGGCCUUAUACUGUAUAAUAGUGGGGAUGGAAAUGACUUCAUUGUUGUUGAACUUGUAAAAGGGUAUAUUCAUUACGUGUUUGAUUUGGGGAAUGGUGCUAAUCUCAUCAAAGGCAGCUCAAAUAAACCCCUCAAUGACAAUCAGUGGCAUAAUGUGAUGAUAUCGCGAGACACCAAUAACCUCCACACUGUGCGGAUUGACAACAAAAUCACUACACAAAGCACAGCUGGAGCCAGAAAUUUAGACCUGAAAAAUGAUUUGUACAUUGGAGGUGUUACAAAAGAUAUGUACAAAGGGUUACCAAAACUGGUCAGUUCUAAAGAAGGAUUUCAAGGCUGCCUUGCAUCAGUUGACUUGAAUGGACGUCUGCCUGACCUGAUCUCCGAUGCCUUGUUUUGUAGUGGGCAGAUAGAAAGAGGAUGUGAAGGCCCAAGCACAACAUGCCAAGAAGACUCCUGUGCAAAUCAAGGAGUCUGUUUGCAACAAUGGGACGGAUUCACCUGUGACUGCAGCAUGACUUCCUUCAGCGGACCUUUGUGCAAUGACCCUGGAACAACGUAUAUCUUUGGGAAAGGUGGUGGAGGAUUAAUCACAUACACGUGGCCCCCCAACGACCGACCAAGCACGCGCGCUGACAGGCUGACUGUAGGAUUUAGCACUGAACUGAAAGAUGCAGUACUAGUACGUGUAGACAGCUCAAGUGGGCUUGGAGACUAUCUGCAGUUACAUAUAGAUCAGGGGAAAAUUGGUGUAAUAUUUAAUGUCGGCACAGAUGACAUCACAAUUGAAGAGUCUAGAGCCAUUGUAAGUGAUGGAAAAUACCACGUGGUGCGUUUUACAAGAAGUGGAGGUAAUGCCACAUUACAUUUGGACAACUGGCCUAUCAUAGAGCGGUACCCACCAGGAAACAUUGAUAACGAACGCCUGGCGAUUGCUAGACAGCGAAUCCCAUAUCGACUUGGUCGAGUAGUUGAUGAUUGGCUACUCGACAAAGGACGACAGCUUACCAUCUUCAAUAGCCAGGCAGCCAUAAAAAUUGGAGGCAAGGAUCAAGGUCGUCCAUUCCAAGGUCAGCUUUCUGGGCUCUACUACAAUGGCCUGAAAGUACUAAAUAUGGCAGCUGAUAAUCCAAAUAUCAAAAUUGAAGGAAGUGUAAGGUUGGUUGGUGAAGUUCCUUCAUCUAUAACAACAGAAUCCAGUGGUAUUUCAAAGCAGUCUGAAAUGUCCACAUCUGUAAUGGAAACCACUACAACCUUAGCUACUAGCACAGCUGGAAGAGGAAAGCCACCCACAAGAGAGCUCAUUGGUCAGCCCACAGAUGACCUGCUUGUGGCCUCAGCUGAAUGUCCGAGUGAUGAUGAAGAUAUUGAUCCCUGCGAGCCAAGCUCAGGUGGGUUAGCAAAUCCUACCAGAUCACCAGGAAGAGACUUCCCUGGGCCUGCAGAGGUGGUUCGAGAAUCGAGCAGUACAACAGGCAUGGUUGUUGGAAUUGUAGCUGCAGCAGCAUUGUGCAUUCUAAUCCUUCUUUACGCCAUGUACAAAUACAGAAAUCGUGAUGAAGGAUCAUAUCAUGUAGAUGAGAGUCGAAACUACAUCAGUAACUCAGCACAGUCUAAUGGGGCUGUGGUGAAGGAAAAACAGCCAAACAGUGCUAAAAGUUCAAGCAAAAACAAGAAAAACAAGGAUAAAGAAUACUAUGUCUGAUCACUCUUAAAAUAAAGAAACAGUUGUAUAGAAAUAGUAUUCAUUUUAUCUGAGACAUAAUACAAAACUUAACUUAAUCUUUUUAUGAAGCACAUUAAACAGAGAGAGGAAGUGCAAAAUGAAGGAAGAGAUGGUUAACAUUUAAAAAAGAUGAACAUGUUUUGUUGGUGCUCAAAGAAAAUGGAGCCAAACCUUACACCUUAGAGUGUUCCCACUUCUGCUGCCUGGCUUUAUAUGUUGCCGAAACAUUUUCUUGAAAAAUAAAGUGACACUCAAGACUUCACUCAUUGUCAUGAGUACUUGAAAGACAGAAGUAGAAUACAAAGAAAUGUGUGCUUAUUGCUCUGGUUUUAGGCAAUGUACUAAGUUAGGACUACUGUCACAAAUAGGUUUGACUGAAUUUGGGGCUCACCUAUUACCUGAAUGAGGUUGCUGCCUUUUGAAAAGAGGUGAAUGGACUUUGCAUUUCCAAAUCAAGUACAGGCACAAGAGAAGACUUACGUAAAAUAAGUAAAAAUAAAAAUAAAAAAAAAAACUUUCUGAAGGAGAAAAAUAAACAGUGAGAAAGCCUUAAUUUCUGUGAUGUGAAAUGAAAGGCAUUAUUCCAUAAAAUGCAAGAAGGCAGAGAUGCAAUCAAUGGGAAACAUUCAUGCACGCUAUGUUAUUACAUAUGUUUAUAUACAAACACAUCUAUGUGUGCUUUCUGGACUGUGAAAUGUGAAGUUUUAUAGCCUGUUCUAUAGACAAUGCAAACUAUAACUGCUCUUCAACCAUUUUUGGUAAACUUAGUGUACUAAGUGUUGCUAGUAAUAGAAAAGUUUAUGAUAACAUCAACACUGACCCUUUUUGUUUCUUUUUGUAAUCAUAAAUCAGUAUCAGUCUCUACCCUAAUAAUCUGCAUUGUGAGAAAUAUAUUGUGGGAUGGAUGUUUAAGACUGUACAUAAGAGUUAAUUAUUUUUCUCUUACCUACACGGCAAAUCUUACUUAUUUAAAUUGGCAUUUAUCCCAUUACAAAAAGGUCAAAGAAAUGCCACACAAAUAUUAAAAUAUGUUUAGAAACAAAAUAUAUUGUGUUACUUCCUUUCACAAUUUUGCAGGAGUCACUGCAGACAAGAAAUAGCAUAAUAAUGUAUAUUCUGCCAUAUUUACAAUUGCAAAGAAGUACUUUGUUUAGUAAAAUAAAAACAUGGAUGUUGGAGACAGACAUUAGGCUUCACCAUCUCUGCAGAGUUCACAAUUUAAAUUAAAUAUAUAUAUAUAUAUAUAUAUAUAUAUAUAUAUAUAUAUUUUUUUUUUUCAUUUUUUUUACCAAUAACUCAUUAUCAACCUUGAAUGAAGAAAUGAAGAUAUAAAAACUAAGAGUCUAUAGUUAUGUUGUACUGAUAUAUAUAUAUAUAUAUAUAUAUAUAUAUAUGCAUGUAUGUCUUUGGGUGUUUAUCUGUGUGUAUAAUGCAUGUUGUGUAUGCAAGCACAUGGACACACACACACACACACACACACAUACAGUUUAUGUACAUACGUGUGUGUGUGUGUGUGUGUGUGUUUGUGUGUUUGUGUGUGCGUGAAUGUAUAUAUGGUCAUACAAAACCACAAGCCUAACACAUACAUGCAUAUAUAUAUAUAUAUAUAUAUAUAUAUAUAUAUAUAUAUAUAUAUAUAUAUAUAUGUUUAUGGACAAGCUGUAAAAAGCAUGCAUCCAUAAAUGCAAAAUGGAGACUAGAAUUCAACAGAUUGAGUAGAAUGCUGUAAGAAUGUUCAGGCUAUAGAAUUCUAUAUAAGCUUCAGAGCCCCAGAUCAUUAACAUACAAGUAGAUCAUUUCAUUAUUUGAAGGAGUGUUAGCUUUUUAUCAUUUUAAGAAACAUAUUUACCUUUUGUCUCAUACUUUCAAAUUUAUGCUUCUGUUAUUAAUAAAAGCAAUUAUUUGAUUUUAUUUUUUACAUUCAUCUGGAUAAUUUUACAGCAAUAAUUUCUAGUCUAAUGCAUCUCUUGACAUAGAAAUACAAAGAGAGUACACUAGCUGCAGAGAAGGUGCUUUGAGAGAAAUGAAUAAAGUCACUGCUAGAACUCCUGUUAAGAAUAUAGAUUCUCCAUUUUUCAGAAAGAAAAGAGGAAUUUAAAAUUAGCUUUAAACAGCAGGGGCCAAAACCCAGAAGAGCUUCUUGUAUUAUUCACUCUGCAGUGGAUGAAUUAUGCUAAGAAGUUGUAAAAGCAUUCUUGAACACAUCUCAGAUACAGCACAAACGCCUCCUAGUAUGUGCUUGCCAAAACAUAUUGGGACUUAACAUUUCAUAUUAUAUGUAUAAUAAUAAGCCAUGUAUAUUUUAAUAAAUAUUUUACUUUGAGACUACAAAAUAUAUAAAACUAAUUUAAUGUGUAUGUUUACAGAUGCUGAUGGCUCACUUUCUGUCAUAAAGUUAAAAUUCUACAUGUUCUUAUACCCAGAGUUUAGCGAUGCUCAAGAGAAGAGAGGGGGGAUACCAUCAGGUAGUUGGAAGUACAAACUAAGUAUUCCCAGUUCUAGAAAAGAGUUUUACUAGGGAUAUUUCCUGGUGAGCUGCACAGCAAUUUGAUCAUGGUUUAUAUGGUUGGAAAGUUGAGACUCACUUUGGCUUGAGUAUUAGUAAGAACAGUAUCAUGUAAACCAGAUGGAUCAUAGUUUACUUCCUUGAGCAUAAAGCUAUUUAUUAAAACAAAUGCUGCACCACAGUUUCAUUUCUAAGAAGACCAGCCCACAAAUACCAUAAUGUGGCUAUAGAAGAAGGCACAUUUUUUAAAAAACAAAGUGAAAGUGAAAAAUAUUCAAGGGUCUUAAAAAGAAACUUUAUUUAAAAUGCAGAAAGAGAAUCCUGAACAAAAACAUAUUGUUGCCAAACAGUAUAUUAAUGGUAUACUAUAUCUUAAAGUUGGAGUUUAAUAAACUGAGAGAGAAAAUGUGUUUAAACUACCUACUACUGAGUUCCUCAUCAGAUCUCUUAAGUUGCGGUUUGUUUUUCACUAAUCCUAUGUUGUUUCCUGGCCAAGUACAACAAACAGCACACAAAAUGGUACUUGUCCGAUAAUCUCAAUUAUGUCAGAUAUUCAUUUUUCCUACAGUUUGUGUAAUGGAUAAUUACAUAUUAUUUUUAUUUUAUUACAAAGCAAAGUUUGCCAUUACUGGAAAUGCUACGCAAGUGGAAUUUUGUGUUUUGUUAAUAAAAAAAAUGUUUCUUAAUACAAA